AUGUCCGAAUACUGGAAAUCCACCCCAAAAUACUACUGCAAGCACUGCAAAACAUUCGUCGUCGACACCCCCGUCAGCAAGAAGAACCACGACGCGUCGCCCAAGCACCAAGGCGCGCUAAAACGCUUCCUGCGCGACCUGCACCGCACAACCGAAAAAGAAGCCUCCGCCGCCGCCUCCGCCAAGCGCGAAGUCGCGCGCCUCAACGCCCUCGUCUCCGGCCCCUCCCCAUCCUCCUCCUCCUCCGCCGCGGCGGCGGGACCGACCUACAAGCCCGUGUCGACACGGGCCGCGACAGAGGAGGAGCGGAAGCGCCACCUCAAGGAGCUGGAGUCGCUCGGCGUCGCGCUGCCGGACGAGGCGCGCCGCGAGCUGGCGAUGGUGGGGGAUUGGGAGACGGCGGAGGUGGGGGUGGGGGUGGGGGUGGCGCGGCCGGAGAAAGGGGGGGGGGGCGCCGGGGGAGGAGGGAUGAGUGAGAAGGAGAAGCUGCAGGGGGAACUGAAGAGGAAGUUUGAGGAGGAGGAGAAGGAGCGGAGGUGGAACGCGAUGGAUGAGGAUGAGCGCGCGAUGCGCGGGUUUCGGAUACAGAUGAAGACGUAUCCGCCGAAGGCCGGUGAGCGCGUGGGUGGGUUUAAGCCGAUGGUGUUUAAGGGGAAGGGGAAAGCGGUGGCGGCGGGGGAGGUGAAGAGGGAGGAGGGGGGGGGUGAAGCGCCGGAGGCGGCGGUGAAGAAGGAGGACAAGGAGGAAGCGGACGAAGCGCCGCGGAUUAAAAAAGAGGAGACGGACGUGGAGGGUGUGGAUAUCAAGGCCGAAACUGAAGAAGCGCCCGCGGCGGAGGUCAAGAAGGAGGAGCCGGAGAAUGUCAGCGAUGGUAUCGUCUUCAAGAAGAGGAAGGUAAAGAACAUUAGGAAAAAGAUCUAA